UGCUUCAUGCUAAUUGUAACAGCAAAGCUUCUUCUUCUUCUCUCUCUCCUCUCUCUCUCUCUCUCGAUUUCGACUCCCAAACCCCCCCACAGAUAUACACACAGAUCAUCGAGGAGAAGCCACCACACAAGGCUGAAGCCCACGUUCUUCUUUGCCCCAAAUCACCUCUUCCUGACUCCUCCUUCCUCAGAUUUGCAGAUAGAUUAGAGGUAUAAGGAAUGGACGUAAAUCCCACCCCUCAUGCCUCGCUGCUAGCAUGCACCGCAUAAGAUAUACGUGGGUUCCAGGCCAAUAGUGUUGUUUCGUUGAUUUUGGUGUGAAUUGGAUAAUACGAUGUCGCAUCAGGUGGUGAAAGUGAGGCGGGAGGCGGUGGCGCCAUGCAUGACAUGCCCUCUCUGCCACAAGCUCUUCCGCGACGCCACCACUAUUAUCGAAUGCCUCCACACAUUUUGCCGGAAAUGCAUAUACAAGAAGCUCUCAGAUGAGGAAUUGGAGUGCUGUCCAAUAUGCAACAUUGAUUUGGGAUGUGUUCCACUGGAAAAAUUGAGGCCUGACCAUAAUUUGCAAGAUGUGAGGGCAAAAAUAUUCCCUUAUAAGAGGUUAAAGGUGAAAGCCCCUGAAGUUGUGACUCCUGUUACAUUACCUGCAAAGAGAAAGGAAAGAUCUCUCUCGUCAUUGGUUGUUAGCACCCCCAGAGUAUCAACACAGAGUGGAAUGACUGGAAGAAGAUCAAAAUCUAUUGCAAGAAAAGCAUCGAAGGGUUCAAGUUUUACAAUAGAGAAACCUGUUAAGAAAGAAGAUGACUCAUUGGAGGACCACCCUGAGAGCUCCAGCUCACCAGAGACACUGAACAAAUUUACUCAGAGUACGAGACAGAACUCUGCUGCUAGUGAGCCGUCAAAUCACCCUAGUCCUGAUAAGGGAAGAGAGAACGGAUCUGAGGCUUGGGAAGGAAAAGUGGAUCUUUGGAAACCUUUAAAUUGUUUGGUGGAGGCAGCAAAUAGGAGCAAGUCAUCAAAAUUUAGUAUUCAAGGUUCUAUUGGUAAAUCAGAAGCUCUACAUUCCCAUGACAACGAGGGAUUUGUCAAUAAAACCAAAAGCAAAGAUAGGCAGAAAUCAAAAGUUCAAGAUGAGAAAAAUUGCAGCGAUGAUACUCCUCCAGAAUCAGAACGGCCUAAAAAGUUGCGCAGAGUUCGUCAAAAGAAGGCACGGAAUUUUGGAGAAUUCAGGGUUCCUCCUCAAGUCGUGCUCGAUGCUGCCAGUUCUAAAUUUGACCGCAAAAAUUACCCAAUUUGGUUCUCACUGGUCUCAGACGAACAGGAAGGAGAUGCACAACCCUUGCCUCAGAUUGCUGCAAGUUACUUAAGAAUAAAGGAUGGGAGCAUACCAGUUUCAUUUAUUCAGAAGUACCUCAAGAUGAAGUUAGACCUUGCCAGUGAAGAUGAGGUUGAAAUCAAAUGCAUGGGGCAGGUAGUGAUCCCUACAUUGACACUGAAUAAUCUGGUCGAUCUGUGGCUCCAUACAACUACUACAGAUAGAGUUUCGGCCACAAUUGGUUCAUCAGCAAAGGACUUCGUGAUGGUAUUGGGCUAUGCUCGCAAAAUUCCUGAUUCCUGAAAGCGCAUACCACAUUUUUUCCAGAGUCUCCAAUAAUCUCUAUAUUAUUUAAGUUUUGGUAACAGUUGCUUCUUCUUAGUUUUAAUGUAUGCUCAAGACGUGGCAAGCCGUAGUGUUUGAGAGUCGUGCACUUGAAGUACUUGUCUGUUUACUUAUCAUUGUAUUCUAUGCAAUUGUACACCUGGUGGAUUUCCAACUUGUCCUUUCCCUAGUCCCGGGUCAUCUUACAUUGGAUUGUUUGUUGUUACAUGAAUGACGCAAUGCCCCACACAGUACUUACAAUCAUGUUCCCUGUAUUUUUGCAUUGUACUAGAUGUUCCAUCCUUGCCAUCUUUGUUUUAUAUCAGUGGGUUCUUGUUGUAAUGUGUGAUGAACUGAGAAUAUAUGAUAGCAGAGGAUGGAUCUUUGUCGCACCCGUGAGCUGUGAUAUCUGUAAGCUGCGUCAGUAACAGUUGAAAUUGCCAAAGUUUCCUUUUACCAGUGCUUGAUAUGUUGCAUUACAUAUCCCAAGCUGUUGCUGCAUUCUUCACUCUUUGUUCUUCCUAUUUCUUUUGCUCCUCAAAGACACGAGUCUUAGUUUGAUUUUGUUUGAAAAAGAAAACAUUUGCCAUUCAUAUGUACUAUCACUAUCCAACACGAAAAAGGAAGAACUAUAGAUAUCGGAAAGAAAAACACGGCAUUAUAUAUAUACAAAAAGUUUAUACUACUUGAGUAGGGAGGGAGAACGUAAAAAUAUUCAAACCUUUGAUUUAAUAUCUGGGCAAUUUCUAUCCAAGAAAGUACCUAAUUCAUCGAAUUACCAUUCUAAUUCCUUGCCAAAAUUUUCAAAAGCACUAGAAAGUCGGAAC